ACAUCCGGGAACUAGAUGAGAACGCCAUUUUGACAAGAAAACAAACAAUCUUUAGUGACAUUUUACAUGUUAUAUAUGGCUCACACAGAGCGUUAUAAAAAAUCAAAAAGUUUUUGUGAAGCACAUAAACACUAUCUUAUUUUAAAUCAUAGUCCUACUUUUUAACAAUUUUUCUAAGGUCGUGUUUUGAACAUAUCUUUGCAUCUAUAUGUCCAUGAUGUUGGCGACUCGCCGUCUGUUGUUUUUCCUACUCGCAGUUGCAAAAAAUUGUGAUGGAUUUCCAAUGGAUCCUGAUUACAAUGAAGAAUCUGUAAAUAUGAUAACAUGUGCUGUCAUUCCUGAUGGCUGCAAAUAUGAAGAUAAAAGUCGAUGUUCUCAAAUUGAAAAAUGUCCUGCUGUGUAUGAUAGUUGCUUUAUUGCAUGGCAGUCAGUAAAUGGAUCUGAGGACAUUGUGAAACAUCAAGGAUGUUGGACAGCUAGCCACACAUCAAAAUGUUCAACAGCAGAAUGUAAACAAGAUCCAAUGAUUGGAGCAUUGAAUUUUUGUUGCUGUAACUCUGAUUUUUGUAACACUAACUACACAGUAUUUUUUGGUAGUUCAACAACACCAGAAGGUCUUAAGCCAGUAGAAACAGAGAAACCAGACAGUGUUAGAGACACAGUAUUGUAUUCAUUAGUACCUAUAGCUGUAUUAGUCUGUAUCAUUAUAGGCAUUUUCUUCAUGUGGAGAUUUUAUUAUAAAGAUAGAUUUGGGCAUGAGCAGCUUCCAACAAUUGAUCCUGAACUAAGUACUCCUCCGUCACCUCAACCUUUGAAGCCUGUACAGUUGAUUGAACUGAGGGCACAUGGGCGUUUUGGUGAAGUAUACAAAGGCACAAUGAUAACAGAGGCUGUGGCUGUCAAAAUAUUCCCUAUGAAGGAGAAGGUGUCAUGGAUGAUGGAACAAGAUAUUUAUAAACUACCUCAUAUGAAGCAUGAUAAUGUUUUACGAUUUAUCGCUGCUGAGAAACGUGAUGAUAAAUUAUGGCUAAUUUCUCAGUUUCAUGAUCUUGGCUCACUAAGUGACUAUUUGAAAGGUCACAAGUUAUCAUGGUUGGAUAUGUUGAAGAUUGGUGAGAGCAUGGCUAAAGGUUUAGCUUAUCUACAUGAUGAUAUACCAGUGACUGGUCAUUCUGAGGCAAAGCCAUCAAUUGCUCAUCGAGAUUUCAAAAGCAAGAAUGUCCUUUUGAAAUCUGAUCUGACCGCUUGCAUUGCAGACUUUGGUCUAGCUCUGAAGUUUGAUGCUGGAAAAAGUGCUGGUGAAAUUCAUGGUCUGGUUGGAACAAGAAGAUAUAUGGCACCAGAGGUCCUUGAGGGAGCUAUUUGUUUUAAUAGGGAUGCUUUCCUUAGGAUUGACAUGUAUGCCUGUGGAUUGGUUCUGUGGGAGCUUGUAUCUAGAUGUUCAGCAGCUGAAGGUCAAAUAGACAACUAUCAGCUGCCAUUUGAAGAAGAAGUAGGCACUCAUCCUACUCUAGAAGACAUGCAAGAGUAUGUUGUCUUGAAAAAGUGCAGACCAACUAUAAAGGAAACAUGGUUGAGACAUUCGGGUCUAGAGGUAAUGAUUAACACCAUUGAAGAAUGUUGGGAUCAGGAUGCUGAGGCAAGAGUGUCUGCUAAUUGUGUACACGAACGUUUAAUUGCCUUGAGCAGAUUGACAAAUGUGUCACCUGUUAUUUUUUCACCGAGUGAGGAAAUACCAUACCAGAUAUCUUCCAUUUCAGCUUAGCUUAAGGAUUAAAUAUAAGAGUUUCUUGUAUGUGCAUUAUUCAUAAAAUGACUAGGGUGCACAUCUAGUAUUUAAAAAUUCAGUUGGUUCAAGUUUUAUUGUAAAAUAAAUCAGUUUUAAAGAUUUAAAAACACAAAAGAAGUAGACAAUUAGUCAAAUUUGAAAUCUUCCAUAUUUUUUUUUGUGAAAAAAAUAAAUAAAUUAUAAUACUGUAUAGUUAAGAUUGAUGUAUUAAAGGUGCACACAAUACCAUUUUGUAUAAUGGUAAACAAGCUACAAAAGGACAUCAGUAUUCAAAUGUUUUGAUAAAAGUACACAGAAAUGAUAACUUUAAGUUGUGAAAUCAGUUAUGAGAAAAUUAAAGUGAGACAACUCUUGUUAUCUCCGAUGAUAUGUUUCCAAUGGACAUAUGUUAUUUGUGUAUCUGUAAAGAGGAAGAUGAAUCAACAAACAAAAACAAUGCAUUUGAAAGUUACUAAAAUGACAAAGAAUGUAGUGUUAACUAGAUCAUUAUUAUCUUGUUUCUAAGUUGUCGGGUAUUUAUUCUGAAGUUUAUUAUAUUGUAAAUGAACUUCAACACUGAAAAAGUGUAGCUGAAAUGAAACAACAAUUGUAAGAAAAAUCACAAGUAAUUGUAGAAUUACACAAUUAUAGGUAGAAUUACAUCAAAUGGCAUUUCAUUGUAAAUUUGUGUAUAAAAAUGAUGUAUUAUACAAUGAUAAUUAUUAUAUUAGUGGAAAUCAAUAGUAUAUGGGCAUUGUAUUAUAAUAAUGUACUAAAUGGUUAGAUUUAUGUUUCAUACAGUGCUUUAUCUAAAUCCCAUUAAAGCACUUACAACCAUGUUCUAGCUUUGGAAAUAAUAUCGAUGUAGGAGCAUCUUUUUUUUGUUUUAUAACAGUGAUAGAAGAAAAGUUAUUUAUUAUAAAUCACAAGGUUAGUUAGCAUGUUAUCUGUAUAUCAUUUUAUCAUAGCUAAUUUCAUAAUUCAGGGAUGACUAAAUACCUCUUAACACACAUGCAACUUAAUGUAAGAAAGAAGUUCUGAUGACUAUGUUAAAAUUCAUUCUUGUCAGGUUGUUUACAAUGUUAAGAUAAACUUGUAGUGUAAGUAAAACCUAUGUAUGUGUACUAAUUUUAAAUGGAGUCAUAAAUUAUGUCAUACCAAAACUUUUUGAUUUUACCCAAAAAACUAACAACAAGGCAGAAUGUAGCGAUUAAUUUUGUUUUACAUGUUGAAGAGAUGAUUGUAGUAUUUUUAAAGGUCAAAUAAUGAAAAGAAGAAAGACUCAUUUGGUGUCAAAACUUUGGCUUUUACCAUUGUAAUUUUAUCAUUUUUUUUUAUAAGUGGUAGGAUGAAAUGUUUUUAACCCCACAUAACUUAAAAAAAGAAAAGUUUAACUAUGUAUUGAUUUUUUUUUUUUUUUUUAAAUCUUGGUAGUAUAAAUAGCUUUGGAUUUGUGAGAUUAGGAAAAUAGAAAAAGCUAUAUUCAGACAUAAUAGUUAAUUGUGUACAGGGUUAUUCAGGAAAAAUGGUAAAAGAGUUGGAAGAAAUUUUUCCUUUGCUCACAAUCAAUAAGAGGUUUAAGCAUUAGCUUUCUUAAAAGACACUCAAACCCAAUACCUACCUAUGUUUUUCUAGAAAAGCCCUUUACACAAUAAUCUAAGAUGCCCUGAUAAUUGUCCAUUUAAAAUUAUUAGUCUAACAAGACACCAGAAUUUCUUAUAAUUACACGAAUACAUUCAGGAAAUAUGGCCACACACAUUUUUGAUUAAGUAUUUUGGAUUGUUGGAUGAUAAAACUAUUUUAGUUAAACAGUUCUGCUGAGUUUUGUGCUGUCUAUUUUUAUAUAUAAAUAACAAAUACCGGCAGAAGGCACAUAAAGUGGACUAUAUAAAUGAAGGUUCUGUUAAGUUUGAGGAAAAGAGAUUAUUUCAGUUUGCCAUCUUUGGGAUAUGUUAUUUAUAGGGAAAAUAAAUUUUAAUUAAAAAGAUGAAUGAUUUAAAAUUGAUGGUUUUGUUUGAUAUUUUCAAUAAUUUUUAAUAUGAAAUUGAAUUCGGAAUAUUUUUUUUCACUUUUUGCAAAACACAUAUUCAGUAUGUAAAUAAAACAUUGUCUGCCAAAUGCUUGAUGCAGAAAAAAAUCCAAAAAACUUAAAAUAAAAUUUGUGUGCUCUAUUGAUAUCAGUGCCCUUAUAAAAAAAAUGUUUUACUCAAGAAGGUAGCAUUUUCUCAUGAACUUUCUAUAUGUAGUAUUCCCAGAUAAGUAGCUUAGGAUAAGUUGAAAUUUUUCAUAAGACAAUGUAUCACCAUUUAUCAGUUUGUUUAUAUUAUGUUAUUCAGAAUUGUUGACCACUGUGCUAAUUUCAGACACUCCAUCAAUCAAUUAUAUAAUAGAAAUUCAUCAUGUUAAACUUUCAUGAAUUUUCCAUGAAGGAAGAUUUUUUCGUUUAACAAAGUUACAAUCAUGUUGAUAUCACUUGUUUUUUUAUUGUCAAAUAAAAUUUUUGACUUUCUUAAUUUUGAUUUUUUUCGAUUUCUUAUUUUCAAGCAGAUUUAUCAAAGAAAAUGUAUAUGUAUCCCGGUGAUUAAAGCUAACUGUGGCACUUAAUAACAAUUAUGGGUAAAUUGUGUCUUUCAUUGAUCAUUUACCUUUAAAGAAUUAUGUUGUGGUAGCUCUUGAUUGUACAUGUAAUAGAUUAAAUUGAUAGACUAAGACAAUUACGUAUUAUUCAUAAUAAUGUUAUGAUAAAAUUUAAAAGAAUGAGGUUAUGAAAUUAAAAAGUGUUAAGUGUUUGAUAUCAAUUCGUGGAGGAACUGAAAGAUAGAUUUUAUGAUUUAUAUUUUUUUGAAUCGAAACAUUUUUAGGAAUAGGCCAUUCAUAAUAAAUAAAUUUCUAUCUCUUUUAUUUUAUUUUAAGUUUAAGAUACAUUUUUUAGACCAUAAACAACAAUGGAAGAAAUAAGGAUUGCCUUUUAUAGCUGUAUUAAUAAUUUGGUUAAAUAUUUUAAAAUGUUAUUUAUAUGUGAAGAACUCAUAAUUUUUAGUGCCACAUAGUUUUAAGAAUUUUUUAUAACAACUUUGAUAAAGUUUGUAGACAGUUGAUUUUAUUAUUCAUCAUGAGUUUUUAAGGGUGGGAGUCUAUAUGAAUUGCACUCUUCUUGUCAUAAAUAUGUUGUAAGUUGUAUAUACAAUGUACUGCUAUGUAAAUAAUUGUAAAUAAUCAUAAAGCCAGUAAAAUGUGGAUUUUUUUUAAGUAUGUGUGUUAUCUAUAAUAUUAUGCAAAACCACUAGGUUUGUAAAAUCAGGUUUUCACUGUUAAUUCUAUUAAAUAUAACGCUCGCUCUUAGUAAAAUAUACUGUUUCCAAAUAAUCUGUAUAUUGGAGUAUCUCUUUUUCUCGCCUGGCAAACUCACAUUCUGAUAUUUUGUUAUAUCUUUAAAAAUUGUACUGAUUUCUAACAUUGAAUUUUUCUAGAUAAGAAAAUUGGAGACUUUUUUUUUAACCAACCCUACCUUUUAUUUCUGAUAUGUAAGAAAUGGAUCAUUCAUGUUCUUGCAUAAGUCUUUUUUUUUAAUUUAAAUUCAAAUUAUUUUUUUUUUUAUUUAAUCAAAUACACUUAAAUUAAAAAUGAUUGCUGCUGACAUUUUGAAUAUAUUUUUUUAACUGACUGUUUUAGAAGGAAAUGUGCAAAAUAUCAAAACUAUUGGGGGGAAAUAUCAGUCCCUUAGUUAUUUUUGUGAUACAAGCAUUUCAGAAUUAUAAUUUUUGGCAUGAAUAGACGUCUGGAUAUUGUAUAAGUUAUAAAUAGUCUGAAGGAAAUAACAUACUAUAAUAUUUAUGUCAGGAAAAGUAAAUUUUAAUUUUUGUAACUUAAUAAAGAUAAAGGUUGCCUCCCUUUUACCAGUUUAAGAAAAAAUAACUAAUGAUUAUUUUGAUAUAUUAUGUUGAUAUAUGCUGCUGGUGGACGGCAUCAUUUAUAAUAAACAUACGAAUACCUUAUAGUGAAUCCUACCUCCUUCAUUAACCUUUUAAGAUGUUUCAGUCAAAAUAAAGAAUAAGUCAAUUUAUAUGGGAAUAAAGAACACCUGUUUUGUGAAGUCAACUAAGUAGACUCUGCUUAUAUUUUCCUUCAAAAGCUUUUCAACUUUUAUCUAUGUUUGUAUAUAUUCAGUGAAGAUAUGCACAUCACUUUGUGAGCAUAAUUGGAGAAUUCCAGCACAAUUUCUAAAUAUUUAAAACCUGUUCAGUUUUAUCAAAAUUCUUUAAGGAUUGUGUCAAUUUAAUGGAAUCAACUCCUUUGGUUUUAAUCCAUAAUCUUUAAACUUGUAUUAUGUGGUAUUCAAAUUACAUUUAAGAUGUAACUUGAUAUAAAUUUCAACAGCAUUUUCAAUGGAGGUACCCCUAUUUUUUUUUUUGCUAACUUUUGAAGACAAUACUAUUCUCAAUUUUGCUAAUUUGCUGAAUCUUUUAAAUAAGUUUUAAAUAAGUCCAUUUAAAGCUUGCAUUUCUGAAAGAUGCAACAAUGAAUUUAUUCAAUAUAAAACCAUUGUGUGUUUGCAAUAAGCAGUCAUACAGUUUUAUCAAUGUUAUUUUAUAUUGAAGGGGGUAUCAUUACUUAUUGUGCAUUAAAAUUUGAAGGUUGAUCAUCUUUAAAUUGGGCUUUACCUCAGAAAGUCUAUUCUGGUUUAAUGGCUUAAUUUAUCAUCAAUAAUUAUUCUUAACCCAGUUAAAUUGAACAUGAAAAAAUAAUACCUCAUAAUGUUAUUAUUAUUAUUGAUUCAAGUGUAAUUUAGAAAUUGUUGAUUAUAAAAUGUAGGCAGUAUAAUUUCAGUGACACAUCCUGUCGUAUUUGGAUACUUGUGUGUGAACUUUUUGUAACUAAUGUAUUUCCUCUUUAAUAGAUUACAGUUGUGUAUCAACACAUUUAAGUUGCAAGUUCAUUUUAUAUGUAUAUAGAACUAAUUUUUUUUAUGAUUUUUUUUUUUAUUUUCAAAGACAGUUUUUUUUUUAAAUUUCACUUGCUUGAUUAUGUAGUAAAGUAUAUUGAAUAUAUUUUACAGUGUAAUUUGUUAUGUGUUAGUUUUUGAUAUCAAAUUGAUUUUGAAAAGAUGAUCUUUUAUAAGCAUUUAGAAAAUUGGAUUUUUUAUUACAGUGAAUUGAUAUCAUGUAAAGUAACAAUUCAUAGGUUUUAUCAAAUCUUUUAAGUACUAUCAAAAAGAAUUUUGACUGAAAUUGUUUAAUUAUUAAGAUAUGUUUUAUGAGUAUGUAUAUCUUUGUUAUUGAGAUGUUGCCAUUGUGUAAUAAUUGUUUUAUUGUGGACAAUAAAAC